GCCGCUGCCCCUCACGGCGCUCCCCGCGCUCGGGCGGGCAGGCACGGCGGCUCUCCCCGCCCCCGGGGCAGCGGGAAGGGGCGGCCCCGCCGCCGCCCUCCCGCCCCUUAAAACUCCCCGUUGUCCGGGCGGCCAGGAGGUAGCGGAUCCUGCGGCGCGGGAUGGAGGUGGCGGCGGGACAGCCGCGCUCCCUGCUCAGAGCCCUGGCCGGGGCCCGGCCCCAGGAGCGCCCCGGCUGCCCCCCGGCCUCCUCCGCCAAGGCCGAGGCGCGGGUGCUGGUCAUCAACACGGGCGGCACCAUCGGCAUGGUGCAGGACGUCAAGGGGCUUGCUCCUGAGGCCAAUAAAUUAGUAAGCAGUUUGAAAACGAUGCCGAUGCUGCACGAUGAGGCGUAUGCCCGGGAAACAAAACUGAACAACUGCCAUGAAUUCCCAGAGAACACACUGGUGCUCCCUCUCUCCAAGCAAAACAAGAGAAUUUUUUACACAAUCCUUGAGCUCUCGCCACUGCUUGACUCUUCCAACAUGACACCAGAUGACUGGGCCAAAAUUGCAAAGAAACUUGAGGAGCACUAUGAGAAGUACGAUGGUUUUGUGAUCCUGCACGGUACUGAUACUAUGGCGUACACAGCUUCAGCCCUGUCCUUCAUGUGUGAGAACCUGGGCAAAACUAUUGUUCUGACAGGAUCUCAGGUGCCCAUUUAUGAGCUGCAGAAUGACGGCCGAGAUAACCUUCUGGGGGCACUGCUGAUGGCUGGGCAGUUCGUGAUUCCCGAGGUGUGCCUGUAUUUUUAUAAUAAACUGUACAGGGGAAAUAGGGUGACUAAGGUGGAUGCUGGGAGUUUCAAUGCCUUUUCCUCACCUAACCUGCCUCCACUUGCAAAUGCUGAGGUUGAUAUUACAAUAAACUGGGAAACGGUUUGGAGAGCCAAUACCAAAAAGAAAUUCCGAGUUCACACCAAUAUGAACAGGAAUGUUGGACUGCUGCGGAUCUUCCCAGGAAUCACUGCUGCUGCUGUAAAAGCAUUUCUUCAGCCUCCAAUUGAGGGCAUAGUACUUGAAACGUAUGGAAGUGGCAAUGCCCCAGACAAGAGAGAAGAUUUGCUGGAAGAACUGAGGAAAGCAGCUGAACGCAAAGUGGUGAUUCUGAACUGCACACAGUGCCUGCGUGGGUCUGUUAAAACAGUCUAUGCAACAGGGCAGAUUCUCGCUGAUGUUGGAGUAAUUCCUGGAGGUGAUAUGACACCAGAGGCAGCCCUAACUAAACUGUCAUACACGCUCAGCAAGAGAAACCUUAGCUGGGAGGAGAAGAGGCAGAUGCUGAGUGAGAAUCUAAGAGGAGAAAUGACUGUUGUACCCACAGGAGCCAAGAUCUCUUUGAGAGAUAGCAAGUUUAUUCAAGUGAUUGCCAAAUCUCUAAGUAUCAGCAGCAAGGAGGAGUUAGAAGCUGUACGAGAUGCAUUAAUUCCACCUUUGGCUUGUGCUGCUGCUAAACUGGGUGACAUAGAUGCACUAAGAGCCAUAGCAGAAAUGGGUGGAAACCUGAGCUGUGGCGACUACGACGGCCGAACUCCACUGCACAUUGCAGCCUCUGAAGGGCACCUGCCCUUAGUUGAGUAUUUGUUGAUGUCUGGUGCGACUGUUUAUGCCAGAGACAGAUAUGGAUCUACCCCACUGAUGAACGCCAUCAAGUUCAGAAGUGAGAGUGCAGGACCAUGGGCUGUCUGCUCUCUUUCUGCCCUUCCCUUUCUCAUCAAGACCAGACUGUUUCAGUUGGCACAAAAUAUACCGGUUCACCUGGUCUGUCAAGCUGCACUUAGCUCCCUGGGAGGUCUGACAGUCCUGGAUUACCAUGGGCUGCAGGAAUAACUGGAAGGCUUCUUCUGUUUCCAAGAGCAGCUGUGGAAAGCUCACCAGGCUCUCUGACUGUGAGAGCUGGCAUGCGGCGUGGCCGCGCUGUGCUAUUGCCAUUCCUCCUGCAUGGUCCCAAACAGCUUGGUGGCUGCUGCUUUACCUCAUGAAUAAAUAAACUCUGCAGUCUUAAAGCAAAAACAAGCCCAACAGCAAAUCAAACAAAUAACCUUGGAGUUGAAUAGAGGUGGCUCUGGUCCAAUGUGAGAAAAUGCUAAAGCAUUAGAUACUAUUAGAUGUUCCUGCAAAUCAGGCACCUACUUUUUUUACCGCACCCAUCUACCGCCUGAGGAAUUUCACAUGAGCUUGUUGUUUGGAUUCCUUAGAAUUGCCACUCCUAUAUUCGACUCCUACUAUGACUCUUAAGCUCUUUCAAACUGCACACCCAUUUUGAUGCAGGGAAUUGUAAAAGGAAACGGCACCCUGACCAUUUUCAGUUUCUCUUUUUGUUUCUACUGUUGGAAUGAGAGGAAGAGUUGACUUAGAACUAAUCUCAUAAAUGUGUAUUUAUGAUCUGCUGUGUACUCACACUGCAUUUCACACUGGUAAGCAUAUAAAGGAGAAUGCUAAAGAGCAGACAGCUGUAUAUGUGUGUAAUUAGAUACCCACUAAAAAGAUUUCUGCUACAGAAGUAUUUAAAUUCUAUUUAUUAAACACUUGCAAGCUGAAAGUGAAGAGAUUAUCCUGAUAGAAAGUGGCAGAGGGAAGGAGUGUGUGUGGGGGGAAACUGAUGAAAUGAGUAGUCAAUGCUUUAAACUGUUUAAUAUUGUAACUUUCUCAAUUUUAGUGAACAUUGCAUCAUCUUAAUCCCAUUUUCUGAGAAUUAAUAUUUGUUUAAUUGGCAUUUAACUGCAAUACAGUAUCCACUCAUCUUAAAAACAGCUUUCUUCUAGUCUUUUAUGUAACAUUUCUCAGUGGCUUGCCUUUUAACCAGCGUGCAAACCUGUAUAAUGAUGACUGAUUUCUCUCUUCCAUUUAUUAAUUUGUAAAGAUGACCAGGAGUUAUGUCUCUUCUUAAAAGCUUCUUAACAUAGCACUGUCAGCUGAUAGACCAGUGACUUGAUUUAUGUCAAUGACAGUCUCUUAAAUUUUUUUACUUUAAGUGACUCUUUCUUUGUUUCUUUUUAAAUAAGAAAUAAACUACUGCAUUUCCGCUUUUUCAUUUGUAAUUCUGCAAUUUGCCUGUAGUCUCUCUCACUUAAUGCAUGAAGCUAAACAGACCACUGUUAAUCUAGGCCAGUUGCUUGACAUAUCAAAAUAAGUAGCAUUCCUUUAAUUUCUUACAGCACCCUCAAGGGAUAAUUAAUUUUCAAAACAAUAGAAUAAUAUUUUUUUAAUAACAGAAACUCUCUCAGCAGGAAAAUGUCUUGAAUAAAAAUUGUGUAUAUUUUAAGUAGUAAAAGUGCUUCCAUUUACUUGUAGAGCAGUGGUAAAAGGUUGAAAAUGGGGAGUUGCUCAUACAGUGCUGUGAGAACAUCAGAUUAGAGGUAGUAAAAUUACCUCCCACGUAAAUAUGAAUUUAAAUACUUGAUAUUUUGAAAGGUUACAUUUACAUUACUUCAGGUAAUCUAAGGCAGAGAAAAAAUCUACCUACCAUUGACUCCAAGAAGCACAUUGAAGCCUGUCCUUACAGUGUUUGAGCACAAAAUUCCCACUGAUACCAUGCAGAAAACCAAAUAAGUGAAACUAAGCUGAUCCUGCCAUAACCAUUCUGGUUGCUAGGGGAGCAAGCAUGAAAAAGAAUGAAGCCAGUCAAGUUUGGAUAUACAUUACACCUGCAUUUCUUUAAGGAGAGUUGGUGGAAGGUGUGCAGCCUAAGGCCCCAGUCCUGCAAACUCUUACAUGUGUGUUAAUUUCACAUGUAUGAUUCAUCCCUUUUGAAGUUGAUUCACUUUUAAUAAGUGUCUGCCAGGUGAGGGCCUGGGAUGACAGGUACUGUACAGAACCUGGAUUCCUGUGCAUCCAGAGCCCUCAUGAACUGGUAAGAGUGUGGAUGUCUUUACCUAGAACUCAAACUUUGCUCAUAGUGCUGAAUGUUGAAGACUGCACCAAAUCAGAUAGUCUGCUAUUAAUAUAUUAAAAUAUUAGUAUACACUCGAGUUUUAAUGUCCAGUGUUAUCCACAAUGGAACCUAGCAGGUAGGAAACACUACAAAUGUCUUUAUUUACUUGUUUUUUUUCCUUCAGAGAGGGAUGAAUAACUGAUACUACUAAAGUAGUUAUGCUCAAGUAGCAUAUGCAGAAUAAUGUUUCUACAGCCUGUGUCUGACCAAGAGCCUUGGUUUAGUGACAGAACACAGUAAGAAAAGGGAGGGUCAGGAACAGCUCACAGGUGACAAUGCCAAGCAUUUGUUUUUUGCUAGGCAUUAUGAGGUGGGGCUAAAAUGAGCAUGGAGCUGUGCAAGCCACGGCUGACAUGGGGAGGUUGCCAUCCCUCUGCACCUUGAGCACUGACUGUCCAGCAGUUCUUCUGUUCUUGGUUUUGUGCUGUCACCUUUGAACAGUUCCCAAGAAGUUCAUGGCUUAUGACAUCACCUGAACUUCAGAGCAGCUCAGCUGUGACCCUUGUGAGGGUUUUGUAAAGCCACCAGGAGAGCAGCACUUAAAGAAACAAUUUCUAAAGACAAAUACCUCUCCUGUGCCUAAGACAUAACAGUAUCAGAAAAUUCACAGGCAGGCUCUUGAGAUACGAGGAACGCCCUAGUGGCAGGUACAAGGCAGCAGGAGUGGUGCUCGGAGAGGGCUGAAGUUUGUUCAGAAUGUCGAUAGCGCUCGGGUGCAAGCAGGAACACGCUGCAGCGCGCCUUGCCUCUAGCAUACUUCUCAUGUUGAGUGGUGGGAAUGUCAGCGGUGGUCUCUUUGCUUUCUUGGACUUCACAGCCACACUACUAAAUCUGACACUUCUAAAAUUUGCAUUACUAUUUGUCCCUAGUCUUCCUUUCCCUUAUCCUGUCUUUAACAAGUAGUAGUACACAGCGCUUCUUCCCAUUUUUCCAAGAAAUGUGACUUUGAAUGACUCAUAGGGACAUUGUACUUCUGUUUAGAAAUGCUUUAUUGUAAGCAUUUAUUGUAAACACUAUCAGUUACAAUGCUUACAAACUUAAUUUAUUUCAAAUUACUUUUAUUUUUUCCUUGUUUAAAUUUGCUGUAUUAAAUGAGCAGGGUAAAUGAUCCCAAAUCUGUCUGUAGCAGAUAUUUACAGAGUCCCACUCAGAGCAGUAAUGGCUGUAUGGUGUGAGUGGGGUGUGAAGGGCUGUCUGGAGAGAUUCUUCCUACCAGUAAGGAGUAAAUAGUUACAACAGGAAGAGAAAAUCUGUCUUUUUGCUGGUAUCUAGAGAUACAGACCUCAUAGGUGGAGCACACUGAGGGAAGAUACCACACAUUACAUGCGUUGCAGCCUUUAAUCUUUUAGUGCUGUCCCAUAGCAAAGCUUUUGUUUUAAAAAAUGCUAAUUUCAUGCUGAGAUUUCCUGUAUAAGGUGCGAAAUGAAGAACACUGCAGGGCAGUCCUUGGAGAGUAAACAGACACUCCCCAUGUUCUGUUCAGUACCCAAUGAGAGCCUGAGUGAACAGACAUGUUCUACUUUAAUCUAUUUCAGGUCAAACUUCAUUUCAGCUAAUUACUGUUUGGAUUAAGCCUAAAAACUAAAAAAUUCAUACAUGUAGAAUUUAUGCCUUACCAUGGGUUGAAGAGUAGGAGAGCAUGCCAUUAUUUGCUGGCUCAAGGAGAUGCUUGUGGAUGACGAGCCAUGUCGUAAGGGACCCACCUGAGAAAAUAUUUUAGAUAACUGAAAAAACUUGAGGCAUGUGCUGUCCCAGCAAUGCUUUGCUAUGAAGCAAAGGAAGAUUUUUUUUUUUUACUGUCACCUGGAACAAAGUACAAUUUAAAAAAAAUAAUCUAUCUCCUAGGGUCAUUAACCUGUGUUUGGAAAAGAAAGAUGAUUCCUAUAGCACAGGUACAGUUCUUUGGUUAGUUUAGAAACUAAAGAUAUUUCAUGGAACAUAAAAGCUUACAUAGGCUUCAUAUAGAUAACUGUAAAGUAACUUCUGACUGAAGAUGGAAUUUCCUAAAAACAGGCAGAGGGAUUAGAUAACUAGUUUAGUCCAAUUCAAAAAUGGAAAGGCCCAUUGCUACCACCAAGUGAUUUAGCAGAAAGUGUAUGUGAGCAUACUUCUUUAUUUUUAAUUACUGCAGAUGAUCUUUUAGGUAAUUGGUUGGAAAAACUCAUGUAUUUCCUAUUAAAUGACAAGUCUACCUCUUUAUUUGGAAGUGUUAUGUUAUAGCAAUUUACUUAAAAUAGGAACUAUGAAACCACUCCUGAUUUACUGGAGUAGUAGCUCUUUCUGGAGAAAUAAACCUGUGUUUUGGUUUGUACACUAGAUCAGUUGUUUAACAGAGGACCAUUCUGUCAUCUCCUUUUCAAACCUAGUUCUAAACCUUCCCCUAGGUUAGUUAUGAAAAACGUAUUUUGCAGAUUUUUUACUUGUCAUGUUCUUUUCUACCCACAAUAGCACCUUUAGAGAGCAGCCUUUCCACAGAGUUUCUUAAGCAUCUGAGUAAGAUGUAGGUGUUGAUUGGUAGUGCCAUUUGUCCCUUUAUCUCAAAGGAAAGGACAAGGAAGACCUCCUAAAAUCUCCAGGUAGAAAUCAAUAAUAAAUGUAUUGGGGGGAGUAAGUUAGAAAAAGAUGUGCUUUUCACAAAAGAGGUUCAAAAGAAUACUUGCCAUCAUUUUGAAGCCCUAAAAAUCUGCUUAGCUUUUCCAUUAGCAUAAAGAUUCAUUGCUUAUCUGCAAGACACAAUGUUUUAUUUAAGACUGAUAUGUAUGGGCAUUGUAUUUUUUAAAACACAGGAAUGAUGCUAUGUAAUAAAUA